CUAGCUUAGAUUGCGGUUAUUGGUGGAGUACACCAUAGUGCGGUUAUUGGUUAACUCACUCUUGGUUAAGUUCAAUAACUUUUGAGUUUAUUUUAGUUUGCUUUAAUCGCUAACUAAGGCAUAUUGUUUUAAUUGGAGUAAUUAGAUUGUUGUUUUUACUUUUAAUCAUAUUCUUGACUAGAGAUUGGAAAUGAAUCCAAAAUCAGUGCUGAUCACGGGAGCUAAUAGAGGCAUCGGGUUGGAAUUCGUGAAGCAGUUUCUGCCUCUGAAGCCAACGUAUAUAUUUGCAACAUGCAGGAAUCCAGAGGCUGCUUCGGAUCUCAAAGAACUGCAAAAAUCCAAUUCCAAUAUUCACAUUAUCAAACUAGAGAUGAGUAACGAAGAGGAUCACGUGGAGAUGGCGAAAGUGGUGACGAAGGAGUUGAAUGGACAAGGCCUGAACCUACUGAUCAACAAUGCUGGUGUACUGUCUGCGGUCCACAAAUUGCAGGAUGUUUCGUCUGAAAUUAUGAUGAGCGAAUAUAUGACGAACUGCAUCGGACCUCUUCUAAGCACCAAAGCACUUAUGCCUCUUUUGGAAAAAGCAGCCGAAGACAACAAAGACAUGCCAGUUGGCUGUUCACGUUCAGCUAUCAUCAACAUAUCAACCAAAGUAGCCUCAAUUGCUGACAACGGAAUGGGCGGCUUGUAUCCUUACCGUGCCAGCAAAGUGGCACAGAAUAUGGUGUCCAAGAAUUUGUCUAUUGAGUUCGGACCCAAAGGGAUAUUGGUUGCUAUUCUGCACCCUGGCUGGGUCCAAACUGACAUGGGAACUAGCAGAGCUAUCACUAAGACUGAAGAUAGUGUCGCUGGAAUGAUGAAGUGCCUGGAAAUAAUGACUGAGAAAGACCAGGCCACCUUUAGAGAUUUCAACAACAAAAUGAUUCCGUGGUGAACCGUGUACGAGACAAGCUGACGAAAAUAGCCAACAAAAACAAAGAAUUAUAUCUUUGAUUCAAAAAUUACUCGAAUUGUUUUAUGUUCUACUGCGGUUCAUUAAUUCCUGUAAAUAUUGUAAAUUAUAUCCUCAAAGCGAAAUUCUUUAUUUGGAAACUUCAAAUUUUAAUUCUGUGUUAAACUUAA